AUGGCUGGCAGCCCGCCCAAGCCACCGCCUCCGACCUUCGCCGUCGGCUCCUCCUCGUCCAAGCAGCCGCCUGCGACCUUCGCCGUCGGCUCCGCCUCGCCCAAGCCGCCGCCUGCGACCUUCACCGGCCACCCCACUUACAAGGAGCUCAUCGACUCCUACCUGCGCCGCCGGGUCGUCUCCGGCACCAAGGUAGGCGACUUCAUUCACGAGGCCGACCUGUAUGCCGCGGACCCGGAACUGCUCACCAGCCAGUACUCGCCGGCGACUGCGGACGAUGGGGAGAGGGCGUGGUACUUCUUCACGAUGCUGCGCCCCAAGGCCCCCUCCAAGAAGCACAAGGGCAAAGUGGACAAGCGCAAGAAGCGCACAGUGGACACCGGGAGGGAGGGAGGCUGGGCCUACCCCUGGCCCGUGACCGCCGUGUUCUCCGACCGCGGCGGCCGCAGGCAGCGGAAGCGGAUAGGGCAGUAUCAGCACUUCGCCUUCAUGGAGAAGGUGGACGGCAAUCAUGUGCGUUCGGCAUGGCGCAUGGUGGAGCUCAGCCUCGACUCCGAUGAAGGCGGCCAAGAAGCGGGCUCCUCGGACCUUCUUGUCAUGUGCAAGGUGUACCGCAAGCGGAAUGCCAACGUGGACGACGAGAGUUCUAUGGCGGCGGCGGAAGCGGACGGCGAGGCCCCCGCUGCGUCUGCAGUACGUGGUGACGCCUGGACGGAAGGGAGCGGACGAGGAGAUUGGUGCGGAGACGGCGGCGGGGCCUGGGCGUAA